AGGAACGUUCAGAGGAAACAGCUGAUGAGUUUUACAAAACAAGACAAAACAAGACCUCGUAACAGCCGACACACAGGGAGCUCCUCUGCAACGCUUGAACACAGCGAGAGGUCGCUGUUUGUCUACGAAGAAGCGACAGACUAGAAAGUUACCGUCAAUGUCUCCGUAGUAGUGGAAUGCACAGGUGUUACGCAUCCACCGGCCCAAUCUAACGUCAAACUGUUAAACUACGUUGGUCGUGAUUAUGAUGAACUUUAGCAAAAAUGCCCAUUGUGGCAGUCACACUAGCAAAGAAAACAUUCAAGCUUCGAACAAAAUAGAUGCACUGCAGGUCCAGCGGCCCAGGCAGCGGACCGUCCUCGGUGUUUUGUCAGAAAAUGAGCAGCGUGGUCGAACCCUCAGCCAGGGAAGCCACUUUUCCAAACACAGUUCAAUCUCAGACAGCUCCCAGCUCGCCUUCCUUGGCUGUCGCUCCACUUCCAGCUUUGAUGUGUAUGUUGAGGAGGCUUGUGAAGUUGUCCUUGCUGCUUCUGGUCAAGAAGUGGUCUCAGACAGCUAUCACCUAGAUGCCGAAACUGCUGCAAUGCAACAUGAAGAUUUGAGACUCCUGCUGGAACUGAGUUCAAGUUCAUGUCAGGAUGCUUCUAUGCAGUCUGAACAAGAUAAAUCCUUGAUGUCAGAGGAGGUGCAUUGUGUUUCAGAGUAUGCAGAGGACAUUCACCUGCACUUGCGGGAGAGUGAAAUGAGGACCAGGCCGAGGCCAGGCUACUUAGAAAAACAUCCAGAGAUCACAAACGGCAUGCGGGUCAUCCUGGUGGACUGGCUGGUGGAAGUUGUCCAGGAAUACAAGCUUCGUUCCGAAACACUGCACCUGGCUGUCAACUAUUUGGACCGCUUCCUCUCCUGCACAGCAUACGUGAAACGGGGCAAGCUGCAGCUGGUCGGCACAGCUGCAUUGAUGAUUGCUGCAAAAUAUGAGGAGAUCUUCCCCCCGGAGCUGAACGAGUUUGUGUACACCACAGACAACACCUACACAAAUAAGCAACUGGUCCGGAUGGAGCAUGUUUUCCUAAGAGUGCUGGCGUUCAGGAUGGCAGCCCCCACCACAAACCAGUUCCUUCACCUUUUCAUGUCCAUCCACUCUGUCUCUGCCAACACGGAGAACCUUGCCCUCGUGAGCAGAAUCAAUAACUCAAAUUAUGUAGCAGAGUUAAGCCUGCUGGAAAUUGAUCCAUUUCUACAGUACACCCCAUCUAUAGUGGCGGCUGGAGCCUACUGCUUAGCCACUUACACUGUAAACAAAUCUCUCUGGCCUGAUUCCUUACAUGCCUUUACUGGUUAUGCCACGGCUGAUAUUAUGCCUUGCAUGACUGACCUCCACAAGCUACACAUCGGUGCAGAGAGUUGCCCUCAACAGGCCAUCAGAGAAAAAUAUAAAAGUUCAAAGUAUGGUGGUGUUUCAUUGAUCACUGCACCUGCUGUUCUGCCCUCCCUAUGAAUAACUGCCCCACCCUUCUCUGACGCUUCUGCGGGAACAUAAAUAGAUCGAGAACAAAAAUGACGGAGCUGACUCUACAGCCAAUCCCAUAUAAACCCCACUCCUCGGGACACUUCAUUUCCUUGAGAUCAUCACUAAUUUAUAUUUUCUGCCCA